AUGGUGGACGUCCUGGGCGGCCGGCGUCUGCUGACCCGCGACGGCGCGUGGGUGGAGGCCGAGGCCGCGCUGCAGAACAAGGUGGUGGCGCUGUACUUCGCCGCGGGCCGGUGCGCGUCCAGCCGCGACUUCGCGCCGCUGCUCUGCCGCUUCUACGCCGAGCUGGUGGCCGAGGCGCGGUCCGCCGCGCCCUUCGAGGUGGUGUUCGUGUCGGCCGACGGCAGCGAACGGGAAAUGCUGGACUUCAUGCGCGAGCUGCACGGCGCCUGGCUGGCGCUGCCCUUCCACGACCCCCUCCGGCACGAGCUGAGGACCAGGUACCAUAUCUCGGUCACCCCCAGGCUGGUGGUUGUGAAACCGAGCGGGGAGGUCAUCACCGACAAAGGGCGGAAGCAGGUCCGCGAGCGGGGUCUGGCCUGCUUCCAGAACUGGGUGCAGGCCGCCAACAUCUUUCAGAAUUUCUCCGGAUGA